UUUUAUUUAUUUUUAAUUUUCACAAAAUUUGGCUCCAAUGAGCCGAAAUAUAAGUGGGCGUCAAGCUAUUCAUGUAGGAUGGCCCAAAUCCAGAUGGCGCCUCAGGGGAAUCAGCCCGGCCCAUGUCCUUCAUCCCUGCCCCCUCCACUUCCCUCCUCAGAUGAACCCUAGCUCUUUAACUUUCAGUUUCAUUGAAUUUGAUUCCAUUUAUUUGAGAUUUUCUUUUCUUUUUAAUUGAAACUGUUGUGGCUUUUAUGUGUUUUUUUGUUGGUCUGAAUCAAGCCUUUGAUUUUCUGGAUUAUAUGAAAGUUGCGUUGGACAGUGAAUUUUGGUGAAAGCCAAAAACAUGACGCAAAAUAGGGACGAACCUCCUGCGGUUCGAGUAUAUACCAUCUGCGACGAAUCAAGAUAUCUGAUCGUGAGGAACGUUCCAGCGUUGGGAUGUGGCGACGAUUUGUUGAAUUUAUUCGCCUCAUAUGGAGACAUUGAAGAGUGCAAACCAAUGGAUGCAGAAGACUGUGAGCCUUUCACUGAUGUUUAUUGGAUCAAAUUUCGUCUGGUCAGUAAUGCCAGAUUUGCAAAAAGGAAAUUGGACGAAUUUGUUUUUCUCGGGAAUCGACUGAAGGUUGAAUAUGCUCCUCAUUUUGAGAGCCUUUCUGACACAAAGGAGAAGUUAGAAGGGAGGAGAAAGGAAGUUUUAUCACGACUGAACCCUGGAAGAUCCAAAAUGCCAACAGUUCAUAAUCCAGAUGCUUUGGGUGAGCCUUUAUUGGUUAAAAAUCCCUCACAGACCAAUUGCAUUUCAAAGCAGAUGAGCUUUAACCAGAGGAUAUCUGGAGAAUCAGAUCAUGUUUCUCGCAUUAAAGAUUCUUCAAUCACAACAGUUUCCUCUAACCAGGAUUAUUUCGGGUCCCCAUCAAUGAAUCAGACAGUUCGGUUGGUAAGGGAGAAGCUUGAUAAGAUACAAUCAAGCAGCCAGCACUUAGAAGCUGGGCCUGCAUUCAAGAAAACUCGAGUGGACAACAGAAGAAGAAUCUAAUGAUUUUUUAGCCUGAGUUCUGGAUCCUUUUACCAAUGUUCGUGCUACUUUUAUCACAUCAAUUGAUCUACAUAUUGUGCUCAUGUAAAUUUCACCCCAUCUUUGAUGCUGGAAAUGCUAAGUGUUGCAGUUUUGUAUAACUGUUGAUGUAAUUGCAAUAUUUCAAUGGGAAGUCAAGGAAAUAGAAAUCAUGUAGGUAUUGUUGUUUAGCUUGUUGAAA